CGAGGAAGGGAAACAGCUGACGGUGAACAACAACACACAGAGUCGUCUUUUCCUGCAGGUGGUGGUGUAUAGUAGACUCCUGCACGUAGCUCACAAACUCUUCUAGGAUAGCUCGUCUAUUAGGGCUGGUGUCUGGCUCUGGCUGUUAUGCAAGGUUAAUGUUUUUUUGGUAAAAAGAGGCACGUGGUGCGAGCUUUCCAGACCCGGACCACCGAUCCCAAACCAGCCGCACAAUGGCACUGUCUCUCAUCCGAGCUUGCCGCAGUCUUGCUCUCUCGACGUGGCUGCUGUCGUUUUGUUUCGUGCACUUGCUGUGCCUGGACUUCACGGUGGCAGAGAAAGAGGAAUGGUACACUGCGUUUGUCAACAUCACCUAUCUGGACCCCGUCACUUCGGAGGUCAAGACAGAGAAAACCGAGUGCGGUCGGUAUGGCGAGCAGUCGCCCAAGAAAGAAGCCAGAGGUCUGGUCCUGGUGCCGUCCACCCUGCAGGACAGACAGGCGUGUGACCCGAACGUCAGGUUCCCUCCUGUCCCUCACAACGCCGCCUGGGUGGCUCUGGUGGCUGCAGGGAACUGUACAUACCGAGAGAAGAUCAGAAACGUUGCAAACUACAACGCCUCUGCAGUUGUCAUAUACAAUGUGGGAUCCAACAGUGCCAACGACACCAUAACAAUGCCCCAUCCAGGUACAGGCGAAGUUGUGGCCAUCAUGAUCCCAGAGCCUAAAGGUCGUGAGAUUGUGGCCUUGCUGGAGCAGCAAAUUGUAGUCACGCUGUACAUCUCCAUAGGAACCCGCAACCUGCAGAAGUACGUGAGCAGAACGUCGGUAGUGUUUGUCUCCAUCUCCUUCAUCGUGCUCAUGAUCAUCUCCCUCGCCUGGCUCGUCUUCUACUACAUCCAGAGGUUCCGCUACGCUAACGCACGAGACCGCAACCAGAGACGUUUGGGAGAUGCUGCCAAAAAGGCCAUCAGUAAGCUGCAAGUACGCACCAUUAAGAAAGGAGACAAGGAGACUGAGUCCGACUUUGACAACUGUGCAGUUUGCAUUGAAGGUUAUAAGCCCAAUGAUGUUGUGAGGGUUUUACCAUGCAGGCACGUCUUCCAUAAGCACUGUGUCGACCCGUGGCUACAAGACCACCGGACGUGUCCCAUGUGUAAAAUGAACAUCCUCAAAGCCUUGGGAAUCCCACUCAACGCAGACUGCUCGGACGACGUUCCUCCAGACUAUGAGACUUCUGUCGGGGGUCCGCCCACCAACCCCAUCAGCGGGGCGAGUGAAGUCACGGUUAACGAGAGCUCGGUGGUUCUAGAUCCAACCGGGAGAGCGAUAAGCCUGCAGCAGCUCCAUCCUGAUGAAGAGACAGAACUUCAGGCGGAGGAAAGCCACAUCAUCGCCAGCAGUGGGCACCAGCCGCUCUGCAGUGAUUCAAACACUUCUAUCACUACGGGUGCGGAGGUCAGCAUGUCUGAAGUGCACGUUUCCACUGCAGCAGGAAUGUGAUCGGGCCAAAUCCUGAAAAAAAGCAUGAAUCACCAGGAAAAGGAGGACGAAAGCAGGACAAAGUGACCGGGGGCCCCCCAGAGACUCGCCACGUCUUUGCCCCCUGGAGGGAGUGACUUCUCAGAAGAUGGGCAAAUGAGCAAUACAACAUAGCGGCACAAAAACACCUAAUUCUGUCUUUACUGACUGAUAAACAGAUUCGUCCCUGCACCUGUGGACGUGUUGCUUGCUCGUUUUCUAGCAGUCACCAUUUUGUUGGUUUGACUGCCAUGGCGACCACACAGCCAAUCACAGCUCUCACAUUGUGCUGGCCCAGUUUUUGUCACACGUAAUCUUUUCACAUCUUUAAACCUAGCAUCUGAUAUACACUUACAACAAGCGCUGAGAUGUUUGAGCAAUUGUACUGAGAAAUUAGUUCCUUCUUACUCUGGCAACCGAAACCUAGUGCUGGACACAAAAUGAGCACAGGCGGGCGUCUUUAACGCCAGACUGCAGCUUAAAUUAUUAUAGAAAUAUGUGCAGAUUGUUUGAUUUCUUUGGACGAGAUCACUGCCAGAAGUAAGUUUUACUGAUGUAAUGGAUACACAGCACAUAUAGAGCCUAUAUCAGCGAGUCCCAUUUUUUCAACGUCAGACUUGGGCACACGUUAUCAUCCCUUAAAAACUUAAAGCGUAGGUCUUUAAGUUCACGUGGUCAUGUGACAUUUGAGGAGUUUGAGAAUAUGUAUGCACACGUUAUGCUGUAAUUUCUAAAUGUAACGGUUUCUGUUACUAUUUUUGUGAGACCUUCGUUUUUAACUUCUAUUGUACCGACUGAAUGGAAAUAACCAAACACGUGGAAGAUAUUUCUGGCCUCACAUUUGACAAUCAUAGCUUGCUACGAGCAGUUUGAAGUGAUGUCACCCACUGCCCUACUGAAACUGCUGCUGAUUUACAAGUUAUCACAACACGUGGUGAUCGCUCCCUGCUGUCUGUCAGGAGGGAAAUGUUCGUAUCUGUUAUCACACUGCUGCUAAAUACAGCCGGCAAUAGCAGUUGUCACUAACAACUUCUGGCGGUGUGCACAUAUUUUAGACAAACUUCCUACUCUUGUCAAGCCAGCCAAUAUAAAUAUGUCAACAAGUCUUUGUGCCAAGAUUAUCAGUAGUAUUUUAAACAUUGUGGUUUUUCAUUCCUGUUAAACACACUGGAAUGGCGCUGAAUCCGUAGAGAAGAAACAACACGAGGGCGUAGAAUUGGAUGGUUUACGUCAGUUUAAGAAAAGAGACAGGGAGGGAGCUAUGCAUUGCCUGACAGAUGAGAUGCAUUUGGAUGCAUUGGCCAUCCUUUUUUAUCAUUUGAGGAAUUUGAAGCUCCAAGCAUGGGAUUAUUAAUGGCAUGAGAAGUUUACAGCAUGAACACGUUUACAGUUGUGGAAUAAUUGAAUAGGUCCACGCUAAACGAGCAUCACAGCCAACAUGUGCUGGGUUAGACGGACGGGUACUCUGCUUGGCCUCAGUUUUGAUCAUCUAUAUACUGUGAGGUUUAUAAAAACAUAAAUCCAGCUGUGGGAUCUGCUAUGUUGACAUUUAGAAGAAGUUGCUUGAAGUAACGAAUUUACGUGCGGUUAAGUGCGGACGGACGGCCAACGCAAAGAAAUAAAGAUGCUUAGUGUGGCCGUACUCUUACACUCCCGCGGUGAUGCUUUUCCUCACGUAGUCGUCCUGUUAAUCGCAUCCUUACUUGUUCGUGAUUUGAUCAAGCUCGGUAGGAUCUAAUACUCGAUUGGAUCUGUUUCCUCUCACAUUCCUGUAGACUUGCACUCUGAAGAAGCACAGACUCGUGUGACUCUAAAGGAGCCGGUGGAAUCGAACUGGUUUUCACUUGCAGUCAUUGUUUCCAUUAUGUCCUGCAGCCACGUGGGACUGCGUUAUAUAACACGCACAUGUCCACACUCCCCUGUUUGAAGGAUUAUUGAAUGUAUGGCACGUUCUUUAUUUCUUUAAACGUUUUGCGAGACUGUAUGUUCUUGGCCGUAGUAGCUUUUUACCCACUACUUUGUAGAUAAUACUAAAGUAAGGUUUUGUUUCUGACCGCAGUGUUUGCACAGCCUGCAGUUAGAAGCAUUCGUGAAUGUACAUUUUCAUACGCUAUCUUCCAGACAAUACGCUUGAUUUGAGAGAAAGUUUAUGUUUAUCUUUUGCUUUGUGGAUAUGAAGAAGGAGGAUGGUUGUGAUUCUUGCCAGCACAUUAUAGAUGCAGAUGUUUAAGUCUCAGCCAGCCUGAUCUGGACCUUUUUUUUGUAAGCCUUUGUAUGUCACUUCAGCUCACAUGGAUAACAGCACAUAACAGAAGAUAACCCAGAAACACCCACUGAUGUCUGUUGUUCUCCUUGUCUUUCGUUCCUCGCUUUAAAUUUCUUCUGUCAUCUGUCUCCGUCUCACAUUUUACACACAAAACACUCUUGUCUCUGCGACAAGAUAAAGCAAAGCACAUCUGUUUUUAGUGCCAGACUCUGGUUGUACUGCCUAACAGAGCGAGUGUGUCUGGAGAUAAACCUUUUUACAGAGAAACUUAAAGAUUAUGUGAUUAAGCUAUAAGGUUAUCUCUCUGUUCUGUCUGUUUACAGUCUUUCAUUAACAACUCUCUUGUAGGAAUACAUAGACUUCAAAUGAAUUGACACAAGAGACCUUGACGUACUCCAUGUAAUGACAUUCGUGUACUUAUGAAGUAACACAAGAUUGUUGUCCCUUAUUGUACCUGCAGCAUUGCGUAACACUUUAUUUUAUGUGUCCGUAAUUUCCAUCAUUUCCAACAAAGAACUAUAGGAUUUAGUGCUAAUUUGGGGGAAUUUCCUUUUUUUUUUUAAAGCUUAAUUAAACCAAAAUGAUUCGUACAUUAUUGGAAACUUUAUUUUACAUAUUUGUCCAUUUAUUAUGUAUUUAUUUUUAUUUGUUUAUCUGACAGGGACAUUGUUGAGCAACAUAAAAUUAAUUGUAAAGUCAGAGUUGGCCUGAAAGCCAGAUGUGAAAAAGGCACAAGAUUCAACAACAUGUCUUACAUAUUAAAUAUUAAAUAUGCAGGAACACAGUACACAUGCACCAAUUAAUAAUGCCACAGUGUUUGGUACAAUCAAUACUAAAUAGCUAAGUAAAAGAAACUUGCAUUUAUUUCAUCAGCUGAUCUGCUGUGUGACUAAACGUCUCUCUAGGUUACACUAGCAAUUAAUUGGAAUUAAUUUAAUUAAUUAAAAUGUAGUGCCUCUUUUCUUACAUAUAAUUACUACCAAAUUAUGUUCUUUCAAGGAAAGUAUUUGAAAAAAUGAUUCGGAAAUCACAGGCCUGUAAAAUAAAGCGUGACCCAACAAAGUCUCUCAUGUAUUUCACGUUCUCUUGUUACACGUGUCUGUUUGUGUAAACUUUCCUAUAUUGCACUUUAACCCUCCAGUGAAUGAGGAGCGGCUAUAUACUGAACGACUCCAGGAAGUCUUUUCUAUGUACAGCUUUUGAGAACGAGGGCUACAGUAUUGAACGUGGCACAUGACUCAGUUGUUGCUUCUUGUAUGAUGUUGUGACCUUUUAUCUUUACUAUCGUGUGUGUGUGUGUGUGUGUGUGUGUGUGUGUGUGUGUGUGUGUGUGUGUGUGUGUGUGUGUGUGUGUGGGGUGUAGGGGGGAGUAUCAAUAUAUUGUACACUAUACCCAGCAGAAAUAACAGCAUUGCUAUUUUGUGAUAUAAAAGAAUUGUAAGUAUGAUUAGCGGUGUCUCUGUCCCUUUUCUUGUACCUUGAUGCACGUGAUGGGAAUGUCUCUGAUUGUGAGUUAGAUAAUAAAAUUGAAUCAGGUUUUUUCAACUUUGA